AUGAACGGAAGUGCUACGCGUCUCGCCUGGCGUACGACGCCGGAGUUGUGUCUUAACGAUGAGUCGCUAGUGGACGUUAUUACUGGGUUAAGGGCCCAGGUUCAAGCAAUCGAGAAGAAUGAAUUACUGAGUGGAGCUGCACUUCCUACCUGGCUCAUCAAGGCGUUGGCUGACGUGGCCAGCAACGUGGACGCAGUAGUUGAGUGUCAAGCGCUUAAAGAUCAAGUGGAGUCGCUACAGAAAGAAGUCCUGGAGUUGCGGCAUGAAAUGCUUCUCAAUGUUUCGAGUGGUAACACUGGAGCUGCAUACAACCCCACACCACAUCACCGUCAAUCAACUGGCCGUUCAAGGGCACAGAACUCUUCUCGGUCACUCAUGCAGGUUCCGUCGUCUAAGGACUUGUCGGAUGCUUUUGAUUCUAAUAGCGAGACGGGAAGCUUGUUGCAAACCACGAUCAGUGGCGUUUCGGCUCAAUAUGUCGAAGCCGUGGUCAAACCUCUUUGGGAUUUUGUGCACAAACAGACAAAUGAUUUUUCAGCAUUAAAACAGGCAUUUCAAGAGACCAAGGACACGGUAAAUCGCUUACAAUCCGAAAUUAAGCGCCGCGAUGCUGUCAUCAAAGCACGCAACGAAAAGCACGAAGACAUCGUUCAGUCUCAAAUGGACAAGCUCAAUGAAAACCUCCGAACGUGCAUCUCAAGAAAUGAACUUGUUUCUGCUGAACAACGAAUUGUCCAGCAGAUAAAAAGUGAUCGCCUGCGUACGCUUGAAGAGGUAGAAGCAAAGUCGAACAAGAUUUUGGAAGAUAUGCUGACAGUGCGGUCGGACCAGGAGGAUAUCAACAGCUCGACCGCAGAAAUGAUAGAGCAGCUUACGAGGAAACAGGGCCGUACAGAAGAAAUUAUCAUUGAUUAUGGUCGGACUCAAGACACAAUUCAAGAGCGAAUUGAAGAGCUGAAGACAUCCCUGAUAGACACGACCACGAAUUUGGAGCUAAACGUGACAGCUGUGAAUGCACUGGAAGAGAAGGUCACGGGAUUCGAAGAAACACAAAAAAUUGCUGACUACCUUUUAAAUGAAGUAACCAAGGCCUUUCAUGCUCUUGAUGAGCUCAAAGCCUACCUGGAGGACCAAAUGGUCAGCAAGAUUGCAGAAAGCGUAGCUGUAGUGCGUGGUGAAGUGACUGCCGUACAAGCUGUCGUCAGUGUUCUUGUCAAUUCUGAGCUGGAUAGAGAAAUAAAGGCAAUUGCUUCAAAGCUUGAAUCUGUGGCGCUUAUCGCGACAGAUAGCGUGCGAAAUAUAACCGAGAUUCAAAAGGAGAUUCUUGCGACAGACGGCAACAAUAAGGUGCAAUUUUCACAGGCCUUCAAUUCAAUUGAGCGCCUUCAGCAGAGCCUAUGCCACUUAUCAGAUGAGAGCGUUCGCUUUUCGCGGACGUUGCAGCACACAAUCGAAAGUGCAGAUAAGCUAACAAGUGAUGUGAAUAAGUACAAAACUAUGACGGAUGGCUCCAUUACCACCUUACAAACUUUCACUUUCCAUCUCCGCUCGGAUCAUGAAAAACUCACGCAGUCAAUAGAAAACCAAUUUGAGACGGUGAAAAGUCAGCUCUUUCAUUUCGAAGAAGUGACGUCUACACACAAGCGCGAAAUUGAGACAACCCAGCGUGAAGUAGACAAGAAUGUCAAGAACCAAAAUCUCGAAAACCAGGCGAUCAAGGGGUCGCUGGAUAGCUUAUAUGUAGCAAAGCGAGAAAUGAUGGCUCGACAGGACGGUGCCGAGGCGCAGACGUUGGCACUGCAAGCAGAAAAUCGCACUGAGAUCCAGGCCGCGACAGCAAAACUUAGUGAGAUUGUUGACAAAGAGUCAAAUCGCGUCGAGGCGUUAUACGCUUCUUUCCAGCAAAAGCAAGAGCACUUUGCAGACGUUGUUGCGCGUUCUUCACUACGAAACAUGGACCUAGCUGACAUGAACCGUGAGAUCGAUCGUGUGUGCGAAACCUUUGUGACGGAAUGCUGGAAAUUCGAGACGUCGGCCAGAUCAAGCAGUAAGCAUGGCGCUCGUCCGACAGAUAAUAAUCGGAGAAAACCAUUUAAUGAUCGACAGCAACAGCUCCUCGUACACGACUGCCAGUUCAUUGCCGACUUGAUCGUAGCUCGAGCAGAAUACGAAGCUUUACAAACAGGGUGCAACAAGGAUGUACGGGACCAACAAACAAUGGAUGCAGACAUGUUAGAGCAACAGCGGACAAUCCUGGAGAAGAUUCGCGUCAAGGUUCACACGAAGAUCAUGAACAAUAAGAAUAUUGGCGAGCAAUUUGAUAAAAGCAUGCUUGACCGACGCGAGCUGUACGUGGAAACCAUAAACAACAUGAUGCUUGCCAGUAUAAAGCGUCGAACGCUGGUGGGCGUCGACACCACUGUCCAGGUUGACACUGUGCCGACAAAAGGAGUCGAGUUUAUAGAGGCCACACGAUCCGUCAGAACGGCUCCGGCUGCCAAGAACGUGAUUCGACGGAAAGCAGGGCGCGAAGGCAUCUCUGUGACUGCCCCAGGUCUUCAUGAAGAGACCUCGUCGUCCCGGCCGACGGUCACACCUAAUGCGAAAUACAUUUUUCGCGCUGGCUUUCGACUACCCAAGAGCUCAACGGCGACGUCGGCUCUCUCAGCAGAUGAUUCGACAUUAUCGAGUUCUCACUUGGAUGUUGAAUCUACAAGCGAGAGUCGACUGAGAUUUUCCGAGACAGCUGGUGAGGGACUACAAGGCUGGUCAACAGACGAUGAAGGGACAAUGGCGAAAUCUUUCUCGUUGCCUGUGUUGAAACAACAAUAG